GCCCCGGGGCCCCAGCUCUGCGGCCAGGUUGCUGCUCUUGAGGUGUCGGAGGCCACAGGAAGCGCCGAGGCAGGGAGGCCGCUCCGCACAGAGGGGACAUGGAGAAGCCUGGCUGGGAGGAAGCCGCCCCCCUGCGAGCCCAGCCGGGGCCUCCCCUUUAUGGAACAGCCGGCUCCCCGGGGGGCCCGCGGCCAGAGGGGCCCCCGGGCGUCCCCCGCUCCCGGGCCUACGGGGCUGUGGCUGUGCUCUGUUACAUCAACCUGCUCAACUACAUGAACUGGUCCAUCAUCCCAGGGGUGCUGCUGGACAUUCAGAAGCAUUUCCACAUCAGAGACUCAGAAGCGGGCUUGCUGCAGACAGCGUUCAUCUUGGGCCUGCUGCUGGCCGCUCCCCCGUUCGGCUACCUCGGGGACCGCUACAGCCGGAAGGCCAUUCUGAGCGUCGGGAUCGUCCUCUGGUCUAGCUGCAGCCUCGGGGGCUCCUUCCUCCCGGGCGGGUAUUCCUGGCUGUUCUUCCUGGCGAGGGGAGCCGUGGGCGUGGGCGUGGCCAGCUACUCCACCAUCGCCCCCACCAUCAUCGGGGAUCUCUUCGUGAAGGACCGGAGGACGUGGAUGCUGUCUCUGUUCUACCUCUUCAUCCCCGUGGGAAGCGGCCUGGGUUACGUCCUGGGAUCUGCCGUGACCAAAGCCACGGGGGAGUGGCCCUGGGCCUUCAGGGUUACGCCCUGCCUGGAAGCCGUGGCCUUGGUCCUGCUCCUCCUGCUGGUCCCAGACCCGCCCCGGGGCGCGGCGGAAGAGGGGAGCCCGGCGGUCCGGACCGGCUGGUGCGAGGACGUGCGCUCCCUGGGGCGAAACCGCAGCUUUGUGUGGUCCACUCUGGGAGUCACGGCCAUGGCCUACGUGAUCGGAGCCCUGGCCUUCUGGGUCCCCACGUUCCUGACCCAAAUCCGAGUGCUCCAGGGCCUGCAGCCUCCCUGCCUCCGGGAGCCCUGCGACUCCUCCGACAGCCUUAUUUUUGGGGCACUGACGGUCGGGACGGGGAUCGUCGGGGUCCUCCUGGGUGCUGAGAUAGCGAGAAGGUUCAAGAAGCUCACCCCGACGGCCGAGCCCCUGGUGUGCGCGGGGAGCCUGCUGGCUGCCGCGCCCUGCCUCUUCCUGUCCAUCAUCCUGGCCCAGAGGACCCUCCUGGCGGCUUAUGCCUUCCUCGCCCUCGGGGAGCUCCUUCUCUCUUUCAACUGGGCCAUUGUCACGGACAUCCUGCUGUCCGUGGUCGCCCCCAGCCGACGAGGGACGGCGGAAGCCCUGCAGAUCUCCGUGAGCCACAUCCUGGGAGACGCCGGCAGCCCCUACAUCACCGGACUGGUGGCCAGCGCCCUCCAGGCAGUGCACGGGGACUCCUUCCUGGGGCUCUUCCGCAGUCUGCAGUACAGCUUCCUCGUCUGCGCCUUCGUGGGCGCGCUGGGCGGGGGCUGCUUCCUGGUGACCGCCCUGCACAUGGAGCGCGACCGGCCCCGGGCCCCAGCUGCCCAAGAGGCCUGGGAGCCCCGAGCGUGACGGUCCGGCCUCCUGCCGCCUUCACUGCUCUCUGGCCCCUGCCCGGACAGGACCCUCGGAGACCCACGAGUGAGCAGCAGCUGGCCGGGAGCUGUCCUUGGUGCUGACUGGCCAGGGCCCCUUGGGGGCGGGUGGGGGAGGGGGCAGCCCCUGGCAGGGCCUGUCUGGGCAUCAGGAGCCCUUGAGAGAGAAUAAACAGGCUUGGCUUCA